GAGAACGCGAGGGGGCGCCACUUCCUCGAGCUGGGACUCGGCUUCCGGGCGUUCGUGCGCCGACCUCAUCAUAGAGCUGCCUGCGAAGACUUCCGCUUCCGUCGGCUCCAGGCGUUUUGCUGGUGCAGACGCAGUGGUGAGGCCGCAGGACAAAGAGUGACGCCCAGAGCCGGAGUCAUGGUGGCGACCGAGCCGGUAUUAGCGGCUCCUAGGAGCCCCGCGCCGCCACAGGACAAAGAAGAAGCUGGCCCGAGCGCAGACCGGGAGCGUAACUCUGCGGGCUCUUCAUCGACUCCUGAGGCUCCACCGCCUGUCCCCGAACCCUCCAGCCAAAACGCCGCGGUCCCUAAAGCGGUCUCUCCACCUCCCGCGGCGGCCUCCGCGGCCCUGGAGCUCGCUCUCGGGCCUUCAUCCGUGGGCCCCGUGCCGCUUGCCGAAAUCGCUUCGCGCCCCGCCCCAGGCUCUGGCGGCUCCCGGCCCGGCCCAGAGACGUUCCGCCAGCGUUUCCGACAGUUCCGCUACCAGGACGCGGCGGGCCCACGGGAGGCGUUCCGGCAGCUGCGGGAGCUCUCCCGCCAGUGGCUGCGACCCGACAUCCGUACCAAGGAGCAGAUCGUGGAGAUGCUGGUGCAAGAGCAGCUGCUUGCCAUCCUGCCGGAGGCGGCGCGGGCCCGACGGCUUCGCCGCCGCACGGAUGUGCGCAUCACCGGCUGAGCGGCGAAGCUGCGGGUGGCCUGGUCCGGGCGCUCCCUGGACUGGAGCGAUGAUCGGGGCCGGGGACCUGAGCCUGGCUCCCCACUCCGCAUUAAUGGAUAAUGAGUUUUGGGACAUCCUGUAGUCUGGUGUGUCCCUUUCAUUCGUUCUUUACUGGGUUUAUUUUUCCAAGCGUAUUUCCAACCUCUUUUCUGGCUAGUUGCGAAACCAACUUGGGCCCAUGAGAAUAAAACCUUCGUUUUCUAAUCA